CCACAGAACAAGAGACGUUUCAAGUUUCAUCUCUCCGACUCAGAGACCUCCUCUUCUUCCUCCUCAGCUUAGGGUUUCAUUUUUUGCUAUCUCUCUCUGCAAUUUCUUGUGCUCGGAUCUUUGUUUGCUUCUCUUCUCUGGUUGUUAUUGUAUGGCAGUUAGCUUUUUGGCUCAUGAGGUAUCCGACCUCUGUCUGGGAAAGCCGGCGUUGAGGUCGCUAUCGAUCUCCGCUACCGUCGGCGAAGCUUUAUCGGCGUUGAAAAAGUCUGAAGAGAGCUAUCUGAGCGUUUGGAGCUGUGAUCACUCAUCUAAGGAGAAACCGGAUUUCGAUGAUUGUCGAUGCGUAGGCAAGAUUUGCAUGGUGGAUGUUAUUUGCUAUCUCUGCGAGGAAGAGAACCUCUCUUGUCCAUCGUCUGCGCUUAAAUCCCCUGUUUCUGUGCUUCUUCCGAAGACUUCUGGUCUUGUGAGGCAUGUGGAGCCGCACUCAAGCUUAUUAGACGCGAUCGAUCUCAUCCUUGAAGGGGCUCAGAACAUCGUCGUUCCAAUACAGACGAGUUCAAGAAAAAAACAUCUCCACAAAACCUCUUUCGGUCCAACACUCCACAACGGCCGUGAAUACUGCUGGAUCACACAAGAAGACGUAGUCCGUUUCCUCCUGAGCUCCAUUGGCCUCUUUUCCCCAAUCCCUGCUUUGUCCAUCGAAUCCCUCAACAUUAUCGGCACCGAAAUCCUCGCCGUCAACUACCAUGAUCCGGCGAUCACCGCCGUCGAAUCGAUAGCUCGCUCUCUCAAUUGUCUCACCUCUGUUGCAGUUGUCGACGGCUCAGGGAAACUAAUCGGGGAGAUUUCCCCCUUCACUCUCGCAGUCUGCGACGAGACUGUUGCUGCAGCGAUUGCAACCCUCUCCGCCGGCGAUCUCAUGGCUUACAUCGACUGCGGAGGUCCACCGGAAGAUUUGGUCAGAGUAGUGAAGGCGAGGUUAAAAGAGAGAAAACUAGAAGGGAUGUUGGAAUUAAUGGAGGAAUUGAGUUCUUGUUCUUCGUCUUCGGAUGAAGAGUACUCUUCCUCUCCUACGGAACCAUUACGAGGUCGGGUGAGCAGGUCACGAUCAGGGUCUUACUCGGCGAGGAUUAUCAGGAGAUCGGAAGCGAUUGUGUGUCAGCCGAGGAGUUCAUUGGUGGCGGUGAUGAUACAGGCGCUGGCACACCGUGUUGGUUACGUGUGGGUCAUCGAAGAUGACUACAGCUUGGCCGGAAAUGUUACUUUCCCAGAUAUUUUGAAGGUUUUCCGGGAACAUUUGCAGGUCAUGAAUUGGUCUUUGUGAUAGAGAAAAUCAGAGAAGUUGAAAUCACGAUUUCCCAAAAGAAUUAUGGAAAAAAGAUUGAGUUGGGGGAAUUUUCGUGGGAUCGUUUUGAAAUUAAGUGGGCUUGUGAUUUGAAUUGAAUCUUUGUUUUGUUGGUAGCUUUGGUUAUAUUUGGUCUUUUAUUAUGGGAUUAGUACUUGAUGCUUUGAACUCUUAAAAUAAAGAACAGAAGAAGUACGGAACU